UUUAUAAUUUUCUGUUUAUCUUUCCUACUAAACUAGCAACUCUCUCGUACUCUCUUAUAUCAGAAUCACAGGCGAAACGUCUGUUUCACAAAAUGUUCAUCUUCCUCGAUCGAAUCCUCCGGCGAAAACGAAUCACACUUUCUCUCUCAUCCAGUCGCCACCUCUCUUCCUCUUCCACCAUCUCUAGUUCUUCAAACCUCCACGAAAGGUACGCCUUCAAGGCCCCCCUCUCACUCCACCCUAGUUCUAACCCUAACCAUCACUCCAAAAACCUAACCGAAAACAAGAACACCAAGAAGCAAAAGCCGCCGUAUCGUCCGCCUUCGUCGCUCGACCGGGCUGGCCAGAAGCCGCUACGCUCCGACCUGCCGUUCGAUUUCCGGUUCAGUUACACGGAAACGAAUCCGGCGGUGAGGCCAAUUGGGCUCCGUGAGCCCAAGUACUCGCCGUUCGGACCGGACCGAGUGAACCGGCCAUGGACCGGGGUUUGUGCUCCGGCUGUGAAUCCGCAAGUUAGAUCUGUCGAGGAGGGGAAGGAGGACCCGAAGUUGGAGGAUAAGAGGAAGUUGAUGAGAGAGAGAAUUCUUGGGGAGCCGUUGACGAAUGCCGAGAGGAAAGCGCUUGUGGAGAUGUGUCAGAGGCAUAGAACAAAGCGGCAGGUUAAUCUGGGGAGGGAUGGGUUAACACACAACAUGUUGAAUGACAUCCAUAAUAAUUGGAAACAUGCUGAAUCGGUCAGGAUAAAGUGUAUGGGUGUACCCACUGUUGAUAUGAAAAACGUGUGCGCUCAGCUAGAGGAUAAGACAUUUGGUAAGAUUAUCCAUAGGCAUGGUGGACUACUGGUACUGUACAGGGGUAGGAACUAUAACCCCAAGAAGAGGCCUGUUAUUCCAUUAAUGCUAUGGAAGCCCCAUGAGCCCAUAUAUCCAAGGCUUAUCAAAACUACCAUUGAUGGCCUGAGCAUUGAGGAAACAAAGGAAAUGAGAAAGAGAGGACUUGCUGUUUCUGCCUUAACAAAACUUGCUAAAAAUGGUUAUUAUAGCAGUCUUGUACCCAUGGUUCGAGAUGCUUUUCUCACAGAUGAGCUGGUCCGGAUAGACUGCAAAGGUCUUGAAAAGAGUGACUACAAGAAAAUUGGCUGCAAACUGAGGGACUUGGUGCCUUGUAUCCUUGUCACAUUUGAGAAAGAGCAGAUUGUUGUAUGGAGGGGAAAGAAUUAUAAGCCCAUAGAGGACAGUCAAUUUCUUACAGAUCGUGAAUCCUUUGACAAUCUAGAUAGUGAUUUGGUUAAUGGUGCAACAACUAGUCAAGCACAGACGGACUCGAAUGAUGACAACAAUCGAGAGGAUUUUUACUCCGGCAGUGAAUAACUGGUUCUUUCUUGCUGCUAAGCACAAGCACCAUCUUGGUUCUCGGUUGCAGUGGAUGCUUGUGUUGUUCGAUUAUCAGGUCUAGAAUACAAAAAAAGGGAUGAGCUUUAAAGCUUCGUGAAGAAGGGUAAUGAAGUCAGAUAUGUAGAUGAUGUAAUCUACCGGAAUGCCCCAUUUGAUAUAGAGGCCUUCUGUCCCAGUAACCAUUAAACCUCAUGAAAGGAUCCAUUGAAGCAGAGACUUCUGGGCUAUCUGUUGUAAAUCCUUCAAGUUGAGAUUCUCACAGGCCUUGUGGCUAGCCAGGUUAGAGUUACUUUGGGUUGAGGGUAUACUCUCUGUUUCAUUUGUACUGCGUCUCUUUGUGCUUAUAACUGAAACUGGGCUCUGAGAAAUCUCACUCACUUGGAUAUGGUUUUGAUUACCCAUUUUAAAGUGCUAACCAACCCCACACACUUUGAAAUCCAUGUCAACAAUGAUAGUAUUAAGGAAGGAACUGUGAGCUCUCUCUUGUGAAAAUAAAUCCCCAAUCUCUCAACUUCUACCUAUAUAGUCUUCUGCACCCGUUUUUAACUUUCAACCGUCUGUCAAUAAUUUAAAUAUGUGAAAAUGACUUAUGUCCUGAAUUAAUAAUAUAAUAUUUGAUUUAUCUGUAUGAAUAAAUAAGAAAAUGAUUAGAUUCUUUUUUCCUAUUAUAAAAA